GUCAAAGUGACCUUGAACGAUUUAAAUGUAAUCUCGGUAGGCGAGUAUAUAACGUUGGGAGAGAGAAUCUAUCAUUUAGAGGGUUUUCUGUUUUGAAUUUCCGAGAGACCUAUUAAAAGUCCGAAAAAUUGUCUGGUAAUCUGCUCUAAUUUAAAAUGAGUUCAGACUGGAAUUCGUUACCAGUCCAAUUAUCUGAAAGCAUACUAAAAGCUAUUGAUGCAUUAGGAUUUAAAGAAUCUCUGCCUGUUCAGCAAUAUGUUAUCCCUCUCCUAUUAAAUUCAAAAGAUGUUGCAGCUGAGGCUAUCACUGGUUCUGGGAAAACUUUGGCAUUUGUUAUUCCCGUUUUGGAGAUAUUAUUAAAAAGAAAACGCCCAUGGCAAAUAUAUGAAAUUGGAGCUUUGAUUCUAUCUCCUACCUGUGAAUUAGCAAUUCAAAUAUAUGAGAUAGUGUUACACUUUAUCAAAUAUGUCAAUGCAAACUCCAAUGAGUAUAAUUUCUCAGCGCUUGUCUUCACUAGUAGUGGACGUUCUAGUGGAGCUACAACAAAAUUUCAAGACUUCAAUAAUUUUAAAGAAAAAGGUUCCACUAUUCUUGUUGCUACACCUGGACGGUUAACUGAUUUAAUUUUGGCUGGUGCAAUUGUUGACUAUGGAUUAGGUAAUAUGGCUAAUCCUAUUAUCCGUGGACUUCGAAGUAUGGAGGUUUUGAUACUUGAUGAAGCUGAUCGUCUUCUAGAAAUGGGAUUUGAAUCACAAAUCAACACAAUCUUAUCCUUCUUGCCUAAACAACGAAGAACAGGACUAUUUUCUGCAACUCAAACAACUCGUGUUGAAGAUCUUGUAAGAGCUGGACUCCGUAAUCCAGUUCGUGUGACCGUGAGUCAACAAACACAGAAAGAAUUAGAAUGUGCGAAUAAUCAGUCUCUGCAACAACGCAUUCCAUCUGCCCUUCAAAAUUUCUAUACAAUUGUUGAAACAGAUGAGAAAAUUUCAUUAAUUGUACGAUUUAUUUUAAUGCAUAGAAAAGAGAAAAUCUUAAUAUUUUUCGCUACAUGUGCAUGUGUAGAUUAUUUUUAUUGUAUACUUAAAGGUUUACUAUCAUUGAAACAAUCAAAACGUAUACAAAGAUUACACGGAAAAUUGAAUAAAAAACGAUUUGAUCUUUUCACAAAAUUUAAAAAUACAUCUAACGGAAUAUUAUUGUGUACUGAUGUAAUGGCUCGAGGUAUAGAUGUACCACAUAUUGAUUGGGUUAUUCAGUGUGAUCCACCAACAAAUGCAAAUGAAUUUGUUCAUCGUUGUGGUCGAACCGCUAGAUGUGGACUUGAAGGCAAUGCUUUAUUGUUUGUUACUUCUCAAGAAGCUGCAUAUAUCAAUUUCCUUCAUAUUAACCAACAAGUAAAUUUAUUACAUAUGGAACGCGAUGAACUUAAUCAACAUAUAGCUCCGUUGACUACAGUCGAUACGAUAGAUUCUAUCACUGAACGAAUUCGAAAUCUUUGUAAAAAAGACAAACUAUUACAUGAGAAAGCAAUACGUGCAUUUGUAUCGUAUGUUCAAUUUUAUCGAAAACACGAAUGUAAUUUACUACUGAAUUAUAAAAAAUUGGAUUAUGGUCGAUUAGCCAACGGUUUUGGACUUUUAAAACUCCCAUCUAUGCCAGAAUUACGAACUGGUAAUGUUAGUUCAUUUAAUCCAUCAAAUGUAGAUAUAUCAAAAUUAACUUAUCGGGAUAAAAGUGUAGCUAAACAGCGUGAAUUAAUGCAGUCAUCUGAUAAAACACAUGGAGAAAAUAAACCUAAAUGGUUAAUUAAAAAGGAAAAAAAUAAAGCAUGGAUUGCCAAAAAGAAACGAGCACGUAAAAUUAAAGCAUUAAAGAAACAACAUUUAGUUAAUGAAUCUUCGCACCCGGAAAUCUGUGAAAAGAAGAAUAAGGAGAUAAUAGAAACUAAACAGGAGAAUAAUGUAAAAGAUAUUGAUGAAUUACUUGUCGAUUAUAGAUUGUUAAAGAAAUCGUAUAAGGGGAAGAAUAAACUACUAAUUUAUUUCUCAUCACAAGUAUCUAACAAGACAUUUUACUUAUGAGAAAUCGAAUAAACUUGUAGGAUUCAAGUUUAAGAUUGGUAUUAAUACGUCUACCCAAAGUGUUAGAAUAAUAGAUCUAACCUAAGGUUGUUCACUUAACAUGAUGGAACGCAAUCUCACGCCUAAAUCACUUCACUAACUGUACCGGCUCACCCCAUUCUGGUAAUUAUCUUUAUUGUUUAUAAAAACUUUUGAAUAAUACAGUUAGGCUGGUGAUAGAACAAUAUAUUUAUUAUAAAGAGAGAUUAAUAGCAAACAAGCUAGAGAGGUCAAUUCAUACAAUUUUGUUAAUUUUCCUCGCAUGGACUUUUUUGACCAUUAUUUUUCAUCAAGUAUUCAACGGCCAGUGUAAGUCUUCAAAAUUAGUGUACUUUUUUCUCUAAGGGUGAUUUAUGGUAACGACUAAGUGUUAUUCCAUUUUCACUACAAACAACUGUGUGACAACCUUUGCACAUCCUGUAAGACUAACAGAUAUGGUCUGUAAAUGUAAUUUGAGUAGUUGUACUACAGGUAGUUAAAAAUUGUACUUUGAUAACUAAAAAAGGGGAACAAUUAACAAGUGGUGUGUAUGCGCACUAUUGUAACGGACGCUAUUCACGAAUAAGUUUGUAAGUAGGGUGAAGCGGAACGUGGCAUCGAAGUUGCAACAAUUGUCAGACGAAAUGAAGAGUUUCAGGGCAUCGAAAGCACGACGCUAGCGAAGCACACUGAAAGAUGGAAAAGGACGAUGUUUAUUAUGUAAGUACUUUGUGACUUCUCACAAUGAAGAUACAUUCCUAUUGCCUUAUUUUACACUAUCUCUGGAAAUUUUAAUAGGUUUUAGAAGGGUUUAUUAUCUAACAAUUGGUCACUAUACUCAGUUGCCUCAACCUCUUUGUUCGCCUGCAUCAGAGUACAUGAAAUCAUUUAUUUACACACACGCUUUAAAAGUGAUAAGUGUUCGAUACCGUGAACAGAAAAAUAAAAUAUGUCUGUAAACUUAUUGUUCGUUUGGGUUGUAUAAGAAUCAGUAUAUAGCUUGGUAAAAUAGGUAGAUAGGUAGCUUAAUUCAUUAUAGCCAAUAUAAUUGACAUAAAUAAAAAAAACUCUCCAUUUCGCUCUAAUUAUUGAUCUUCACUUGAUUUGUAGUCGUACUUCUCUUGUUUCUCUUUGCAGUUUCCUACAUAAUUUUUUUAUUUGUUUCCACUUGUUCGUUGUUGUUUUUAAAUCUACAAACUUGAUAGGAUUUUGCAUUGUGUGUCGGACUUUGCUUUGAUGCCCAUGGUUAUCUAGUCUUGAGUUAAUUACUUAGUUGUAAAUCUACUAAUUAAAUGAUCAAGUUUGUUUUCUAAGCUGUACGAUCCGAAAUAUAUCUGUAAUAAAUUCAAAGUCAAUAUAUAAAUUAUAUGUUUGUCUAGCCCUCCGCCAGACCUGAGGGUUCUGGAUCUGAUUCUCAGUGAGAUCGUAAAUGCACACUUUUGUGAUGCCUCAGACUAAUCUCCAUCUAAUGCUUUCUAUUUUGUAUAGUUAUUCCAACUAAGUUCUGUUUGUGUUAUGAAGCUGUGUAAUUUAACAAUUCCCAGAAACUUAUAGAAGAAUAAUAAUCAUGCGAUUACUAGUGCCCAGUUUUAUGAGGUUAUUUUCAAAGUUCAUGUGAAAGUUCGUUAUCGAUAGAGUUUAACCAUGUUGAGUAUGUGAGACAGUCGCAAUAUAGAAGAGAAUGUGAGAUAAUUGUGUAAAAUCGCAAAUUGCAUGCUUAUUAGAAUUGCAAUAUAAUCAGUUCUGUUCACUAAUUGACUAGAUAGUUCUAAGUGUAUGGUUAUAGUAAAUGAAGGAUUAUGAGUUGUAAGAACUGUGUUAUAUCUCUGUCUAUAUAAUAAAUUUUGGAAAUGUUUCUGGACUAUUCCCUAAUAUGCGUAGGCAGUAAUGUCAUCAGCACUAAUUUGAAUUUAAUAGAUAUUUUAUUUUUGGUAUUUGUAGAUCAAGGAAAAGUGAUUAAUAACUUCUACUGAUAUACUCGUCAUGCCACAAGGAAGAAACAAAUUGGAAUUUGCCUUUUAAGCCACUAACACCUUUCUGUAUAUGUUCAUUGACUAUCAAAUACCUAGCCUUUUGUAAAUAAAAGAAUACUUAUACCAUAUAUUAAAUGUUAACAAAGACAUAUUUUGGCGUAUCUUUAUUUUUUAUUGUAAGUCUUUUUAUACUGCAGGUUUAUCCGCGUAUCGAGCUUCCGGAAAUCUGAGACUGUGGGGUUCUUCAACCGUCA